UGCGCGCGGCGCGGGAGCAUGGAGCCGGCGGCGGGCGCGCAGGGCCCGCACCAGCACGAGCCCAUCAGCUUCGGCAUCGACCAGAUCCUCAGCGGCCCCGAGCAGGACGGCGCUGCCCCCCCGCCGCCGCCGCCGCCGCCGCCGCCGCCGCCUCCGCCGCCGCCGCCGCCCCCCCGGGGCCCCGACGGCGCGGCCUUCCUGGGCGGCCCCCGCGGCGGCGCGCCCUACCCCGCGCUGCCGGGCCCCUUCCCGGCCAUCGCCGCGCCCUUCGAGGAGUCGGGGCCGUACGGCGUCAACCUGAGCCUGGCGCCCGGCGGCGUGAUCCGCGUCCCCGCGCACCGGCCCAUCCCCGGCGCCGUGCCGCCGCCCGUGCCCAGCGCCAUCCCCGCCGUGCCCGGCCUGGGCGGCCUCAGCUUCCCCUGGAUGGAGAGCAGCCGCCGCUUCGUCAAGGAGCGCUUCACGGCCGCGGCCGCGCUGACGCCCUUCACGGUGACGCGCCGCAUCGGACACCCGUACCAGAACCGCACCCCGCCGAAGCGCAAGAAACCGCGCACGUCCUUCUCCCGCGUGCAGAUCUGCGAGCUGGAGAAGCGCUUCCACCGGCAGAAAUACCUCGCGUCGGCAGAGCGAGCGGCCCUGGCCAAGUCCUUGAAGAUGACGGACGCGCAGGUGAAGACGUGGUUCCAGAACCGGCGCACGAAGUGGCGGCGGCAGACGGCGGAGGAACGGGAGGCCGAGCGGCAGCAGGCGAGCCGGCUGAUGCUGCAGCUGCAGCACGACGCCUUCCAGAAGUCGCUCAACGAGUCGAUCCAGCCCGACCCGCUGUGCCUGCACAACUCGUCGCUGUUCGCGCUGCAGAACCUGCAGCCCUGGGAGGAGGAAAGCGCAAAGAUCCCGCCGGUCACCUCCCUCGUCUGAGCGCGGCCCCGGCACCAAGCGGACGCGCGGAGCCCCGCGGUUCCCCCCGCGCUGAAAGGCAGCGCCGGGCCGGCAGCACGGGGCCGGGGUGCCGCUGGGAGGGCGAGGCGUUCCUUUUUGUAAGAAGUGUUAAUAAGUUAAUUUAUUUAUGCAUCGAGAUUUUGGGCACUAUUAAUACGGAAUUAUAUAAACCCUCGAUUAUUUAUAUCGAAAUCCGGACGUAGGCAUUUCGCGUCGGCUUCGGAACGAAAGACCGUUUUCGUUUUGAUUUUUUUAAAUUUUUUUUUUCCCCCCCCGUUCCGGGGACGGUCUCAACAACAGGUCCCCGAGCGGAGAGGCCGAGCGCAGCCGGGACAGCCCCGCUCCGCUCUGGAUGCGGUCGGUGGCGGCCGCCGCUCCCCGCGAUGCCCCGGGGCCGCCCGCCCCGUCCCGCCCCGCGUUCCGCGCCGCUCCGCACCUCCUCGCACCGGCAGUAGAGAAAGCGCCUUACGGUUCAUCGUAACGAAGACUGGGGGUUGGCACGGCCCGUGUAUAAUACUUUGUACUUGUCGAGACGUGUAAAUAAACGGUUUCUUUACAGAGACGUCUCCGCGCCGGGCCGCUC